UACAUCAUAUUCCCUGCAAGAAAGGAGGCCACAUUUCUAGUAUUGUUCCUGAAUAAGCUACAGUCACCAUGGAAAUCACAAUUCUAAAGGUUGUAAAGGCUGACCAUUUCUGGGCCAAGGAAACCCCUGGGACUAUGAUGUCAGAGGAGACCAGGAAGUUUCAACAGUUAUCCAAACAGAUCAAUGACUUCUUCAGCAUGGAUCAGGGCAUAUGUGUGCCAGCACAGGGACAGCUGUGUGUGGGGAAACGUCCAGAAGACAAGCUGUGGUACCGAGUCAGGGUCAAGACCAUCUUACACUCCAAAAGUGGACCACUGGCUUGUUGUUUCCUGUUGGACUAUGCAGAGGAGUGCCAAAUUCCAUGCCACUGGUUGAGAGAAGCCCCAGCACAGUUCAUGCAGCUCCCCUGGCAGGCUAAGGAGUUCCGUCUGUAUGGUCUACAGCCUCUCACUCUCAUCACUUCUAUAGAGGACUUCACCACCACAAAACAGCCCUGCAAGAAGUAUGACACUGCAGCAAAUGAGUAUGUUAGCAAGCUAGUGAAAGAGUCGUAUGGUGCCUCGGUCCAUGUCUACCUGGUGGACAACAAUGUCCACUACGUCAACCUGUACCUGAAAAGGACAACCCACACUGUGUGUGUGAACGAUGACCUUGUCUCCAAGGAGUAUGCUAAGUACAGUGAAGAUGAGGAAGGUACCUGCCAACCAGCCAAGUUUUGGGCGGAAAAGACGAUUAAGUCCAACAUGAGGAUGCUGAGUCCCAUGUUCUCGCCGUCAGCUGCCUCAGCAGGGCGUGUGUCGCCCCAGCUGACCUCCCCUCCACCACUGUCCCCGGACCCCAGCCAACGGUCAUCUCCAUGUGGUGGACUAGCGGCCAUGCUUGGUCUGGAUCCAAUGAUAGUGACCGAACCGGUUCUAACAACCCCAACUGCCAACAUCCAGCAUCAAGCUGAUAGUGAAAAAGAACGACAGACGGGCACAGGAGUGCCCAACAACGGCAACAGGCAUGCGUCACCAGUUGUUGCUGCUGCUGUUGAACUCUCUGGAUUAGCAAUCAAGUCCCCAGAUGGAACUAAGACUAAAGUUGUAUCUCCAGCUGAAGAGAAUAGAGAGAUUUUAAAUCAGCAGAUAUCUGGAGGACAUCCAAGGGAGAGUUCCUCUGUAACAACAAGCCCCUCUGUACGAGCAAUAAAGCCAGGACACGGUUUGCAGAGCAGACGAGGAACAUCAAAAGCUGCUGGAACCUUGAACACUCCUCCCUUAAAGCCUGCAGGGAAGGAUCUGAGCCCUAGAAAGAUACUCAAGGCAGCCCGUACCUUGCAGCCAAGCCCUGGACGUAUUAUUGGAAAUGGCAGCAUCGCUGUGAACCCUGAGUGCUUGAAAGGUAACAGUGGUCAAGAAACAACGUGGAUCCCUGGUGCAUCCCCACCUUUGAAUGACAAAGGAGGGCAAGAAAUCAGGAACAGGAGAAGUUUUCCUCCAGAUCAGGUAAAAUCCUCUGGACAUUCCGUCAGGAAGGUGGAUGAGGUGAUCCCUAGAAGUUCCCGAUCUGUGGAGAGUAGGCUGAAGGCAGCGUAUUCGCAGACGUCAACAUUGGGGAAGGAGUGGACACAACUUGUGGAUAAAACAAGACCUGUCAGACAGAGAUCGUUGUCACCCAUUCCUGUCAACGUUGGUGUUACUAGAAUUAGUAGGGCAAAAAGUCCUCCCAUGCAGGGAGGUAAGGACAUAUCCCAAAGUCUCAGUGUGUCCCCUGAAAGCAUCUCAACAGCUGUUAGUGCCACUGGUGGCCAUGCAUCUGCCGAGAAGUCUGCCGACAGUAAGAGUACUGGGAUGUCAGGAAGUGAUAUGCACAGCACAUUGAAGUCUGAGCAAACUCCAGCUGCAGUUCUGGGGAAUUCUGCCGGGAGGCAUGACGACAUUUCUGGAAGCAAUACGAGUCAGUGCAAGGCUGGUAGCUCUGGUGGUGGAAGUGAUGCAAAAGCUGAAGGAAGUUGUACAACUGGUGCUGGAGGUGACGACGUGGCUACUAGUACUACAUCUGUACAUACUGGCUAUACUCCAGCAAGGCUUCCCCGGAUCAACCUACAUGGGAACCCUCUCAGGGAUAGCCUUUUCCCUACACUUUCCUCUGGCUCUGGGGACCUUUCUACCACAGAACCUUCCACAAGUGAGGGAGAGGAGUCGCCCGUACGCAGGAAAAACAAGGUCCCCAGUAUCGGGGAGAGACUGCUGCAGGUCCUGAUGCCUCAGAAGUGGGAGGAGCCCAGCAGAGCACAGGCACAGCUCACCAGCCAUCCACAGUCGCCCAGUGGACCGCCGUUGUCCCUAGCAGGUCAUCAGAUGUCUACAGUUGGGGAUGGUGUGGCAGUAAAAGGAGACAUCCCACCCAAACCCUGCACCAUGUUGGAGAAAACACCAUUCCCAGAGUAUAUAUUACAGUCUCUGAGCACCAGGAACCACCACACACCCAGCAAGGUCCAGAGCUACUGCUGGCCAGCCAUCAUGAGGGGGCGGGACCUUGUAGCCAUGGCGCCAGCAAGUACCGGCAAAACCCUGGCUUACCUUCUACCCGUAAUAACUCAGCUUACACAGACUGCUGGGUUGGAGGGACUGCCAGCAGGGAAUGGGCCGAGGUCCAUUAUCCUGUGUCCCUACUGGAAAAGUGCCCGUGGUGUGUUUGACGAGUGGUGGGAGUGCCAGAAACACAUGGCCGACAAGAAGUCUACACGGGUACUGAUCAUCUAUGGAGCAGGUGCUGAGGAUGACCAAAUGGUUCCCCUGAUCAAUGGGUGUGACAUGCUGAUUGCCACGCCCCGCUGUCUGCUGAGGAUGUUAGAGAAGAGAUACACUAACCUGGACAGGCUGUGUCAGCUGGUCGUGGAUGAUGCUGACACUCUGACAGAGGUGUACACAGAUGAGAUUAAAUCCUUAAUGAGGCUGUAUGGGAAAGCCAUUGCUGACCAGCCUGACCGCAGUGUCCCGAGGCAGAUUGUCCUGAUUGCCAGACAAUGGACAGCAGGGAUUGAGUCCUUCCACAGGGCCUACAUGACUCAACCCCUCCUGGUCUUCACUAGCAAGGUGGAGGAAGCUGUGUACAGUAAGGUCAAACAGAUUGUGUCGGUGGUCCCAUCUACUCUGCGAUACACAGAGCUGCUGAACUUACUGGACCAGUGUGAAGGGGCGGGGCACAAGAUAAUGGUGUUUGUUGAAGAUGAUGAGGAAGCUGAAAACGUCACACAGCUUUUCAAGACUUACAGCCACAACACCCUGUGUGCUUACACUGACCAACACCAGUACCAGAUAGACACGGUCAUGAAAGAAUGGACAACGCACCACAGGAAGGACUCCCUGCCUGUCUUAGUUCUGACCGACUCAGUCAUACCAGACCUCAGCAUCAGAGAUGCCACCUGUGUGAUACACUACAGCUUCGCUCAGUCUGCUCUCAAGUUCAGCGCACGCUUGGGAUGUAUGACCAACAGCUUCAACAAGGAUGUUAGCAAGGAGAAGAAGAAGACCCCAGGCUGUGUGUCUUUCAUCCUGGUGACUGAGAUGUGCACCAAGUACGCUAUAGGCCUGCAGGAGAUUGUGACCUUGGUGAGGAGGUCUGGAGGUCAUGUGUCACAGGAUAUGCUGGACAUGUGCAGCAAGGCCUGGAUGGCUAAGCAGAUAGGAAGAGUGGACGACAGUUUCUGCCAUGCCAUGAAGGCGUUCGGCCACUGUGCAGAGCAGGCCAGGUGUAAGGCCAGACAUAUUGUAGUACCUGAGGUGGACCAGCCUGGGGAGGGGAUGCCUACCUUAGGAUAUGUGAAGAUCCUGGUGACCCAUGUGAAGGAUGCCAACUGUUACUAUGGGCGUAUCCUGAAACACUGGGACUGGGACAGGAGGGCUGUACCCAGGGAGAACACAUGUCUGCCCCUCAUGGCUGACAUAGGACUGUACUACAGCAGGCAGGAGAACAAAGUACCAGUCGUGACAGCCCAGGUGGGUGACCUGUGUGCUGUACGGGACAAGCAGAACACGUUCCACAGGGUUCGAGUCACCAAGAUCAGAGUAUGGGAAGGCUUCACCACCAAGUUUAUAGCCACUGUCUUCCACCUAGACGAGGGAAAGACAGAGGAUCUGGAGGUUACAGAACUGUUGAACCUGCCAGGACACUUGGCAGCGGUACCAGCACAGGCUGUGGAGGUAUUUCUGUGUGGAGUGUGUCCGAUCGAUCAGGACAAAGGGUGGACAGACAUGGCCAACAAAUUCACUGCUGCACUCAUCGGUGGCAAGGAACUGGAAGGCAGGGUGGCUCUCUGUUUGGGACACACCCUGUGGAUGGAGUCCCUGGUGGAAAGGAAAGUUCUACAGGGCAUCAAAGCCACGACAAACAAACACAACAUCAGGAGGGAGCUACUACGUGUAUGCUUGGCUGAAAAGAACCCAGAUCAUGUAUCACUCCUGAGACAAGCCUGUGACGGGAAGAUGGCCCUCCCUGAGUAUAAACCUCCAUCUAAAGCGCCCCCUGCCAAGCCUGGGCAGAAGUACAGCACGGCCAAUCCCCCUCCCACAGCCGCCCUGCCUGAGUCAGGGUUUGAUGAGGUGUAUGUGUCAGCUGUGGAGCAUCCUGGGCUGAUAUAUGUGCAGAGGAAAUACUAUGCCAGAGAGUUGGAAGCUCUGACUGCAGAAGUCAACAAUGAGGAGAAGCUUGCGGCUGCACCUGUAUUGGAGAAGGUGGCACCUGGGCGGCUGUGUGUAGCUGUCUUCCCUCAGGACAACAGAUGGUACAGAGCCCGUGUACAGCAGGUGCAGGAAGAGGAGAUGUGUGAAGUCUUCUACUUGGACCAUGGAGACACAGCCAUCAUCCCCAGGGGGUCCUUAAAGGAACCGUGGGUGGAAGUCAUGCAGCUUCCAUUCCAAGCCAUCGAGGCCUGCCUAGGUUCUAUCCAGCCCCUGCAUGGCCAACAGUGGAGUGAGGAGUCUGGGGAUGAGCUGUGGGACAUGGUGUUUGAGAAAAUGCUCUUCGCUCAGGUCCUGUCAGUUGGACCAUCUGAAUAUGGGAAUGACAACCGUUACAAGAUGGAGCUGUACGACACGUCAGCCGAGUAUGACAUCAUCAUCAGCCAGGAGAUGGUCAUGCAGGGUCACGGGGUCGUGUCGGGGUCACCAGAGGUCAUCAACCUGCUGUUUCCCAUGGUGGAUGAUCCUGCCUGGUUGGAGUCCCACCCAGACCCUUCAGAACAGAUCUGUCUCCUGUGUGCACAGCUGUGUCAGACGUCUGACUCAGGCCACAGGCUGGAGCUGGCUAGACAGAUAGACAGCAUUGUCAUCAACAACCCUACGAAACGUGACAGCAUGCAGGAGAGUAGAGGUGUGAGCUCUGUGUGCCUGAUGCUGGGGUACUGUACAGACCCUGCCGUGUUAGAGAGCCUGGCGGUCAGUCUGGGGUACAUGGUCAUCAACAGUCAGGCCAACUGUGAGGAGGUCAGGACCACGGGAGGGCUCAGGACACUCUGUAGGCUGCUCAAGAAGGAUUAUAGACCUGAGCUUCAGAAGCAGCUGGUAUGGGCCCUGAAACAUCUCGCUCUGAAUGAGAGCAACAGAGAGGCUAUACAGGAGCUGGGUGGACUGAGAACUCUGUGUCACCUUCUGGCAGACACCAAGAGUCUGCAGGUCCAGGAGAAUGUGUGCUGUUGUCUGGGCAACCUUGUCACUGAAAAUAAGAUAAACUGCAGUGCAGUUGCAGAGUGUGGAGGACUGCACACUGUGUGCCAGCUGGUGAAGGGCUGUGCAGACAGCGCCGUGUUGGAGCCAGCCUUACAGCUGUUACAGCAGCUGGCCACACUGUCUGCCAACAGAGCAGCCAUCACAGCGGAGGGAGGUGUGGAGAUGCUGUGUGAGAGGGUACAGAACAGCCAGAGUGACAAGGUUCUGGUGCAGGCUCUCAGGGCACUGAAGGCUGUCACCUUCAGGUGUGAGGAGAAUGUAGCUGUCCUGGUGGAUAGGAGUGGAGUAAGGGAAGUCAUAGAGAGGUUUGCCUCCAGUCACCAGAGUCAAGAGAUCAGCAGUCAGUGUAAAGACCUGCUGUCCAAGUUUGGGCCUCCUUCAAGGACAAAACCUGUCACUUGUGCAAAACCACCUGUCAAUCAUUCCAAUGGCAACCAUUCAGAAGUCAGUACAAGUAACCUGCUCCCCUCCCCUAAGCUGACUUCCAGCCAAUCAGCAUAUGGCACAAACAGGCCAAAUUUCUCUCAUCAUUCCAGCUCUAGCCAAUCAGAAUCAAGCAUGAGAAGGCCAGGCUCCUCCUCUCUCAGUUCCAACCAAUCAGCAUCUCUGGAGCAUACCCUUCCCCCUCAGCUGCAGGCUGGUCAACCUACGUCUGGUGUAAAUACUAGUAGUCAAAACCCUUCUCAUCCUUCAGACUCAAGCAGUCAUGGUUCAGCCACUCAAUAUCAUGAUAUCAAAACAAGGAAGGCACAGGUUUUGGCACAUCAUUGGACAAGACACAGGACACGGAGACCCAGUCUGGAGCCUGUCCCAGAAGGGAAUGGAGAGCCUAUCCACGAGGAGGAUGAUGAUUUCAACGACAUGCCACCACUGGAGACUACAGAGGAGGAAGAAUCUCAGUUACCUGCUAAAGGUGGUCACAAGAUUCAGAGCCUGCACCCAAAGGUCCUGUGGUCCCAGCAGAAGGCAACAGUGACCCUGAGCGUACAACUGCGAGGUCUGUUACAAAAGCCAAACGUAACCUUCCUACCCACAGCUCUACACUUCAGGUCGUUCUUCAGAGGCACAGACUACAUCCUUAACCUGGACCUGUACGACAAGGUGCAGCCUGGCGGGUGUUCCUGUCGACUGACAGGAAGUGAUGUCAUCCUCACCCUGAGGAAGGAGAAGCCGGGACCCUGGCCUCGACUUACACGCACCAAGUCCAAGCACCCCUGGCUUGGUAUUGACUUUGACAGAUGGGAGGACGUGUCAUCUGAUUCUGACUCAGAAUCUGAGCCGGAUCCAAGACAGAAGAAAAAUGUGCCACCACCGACACUGACACAGCACAGACAUAAAGAGAGAGGAGGGCUGCCAUCUACCCUGGCCAACGUAAUCCUGCCAGAAAUGGACAUGUCCUCGGACACCAACAGUCACCUGCACGACUCUGACCACUACUCGGACUCUGACGGGGAGGUGGGAGGGUCGGGGUACAAGAUGAACGACCCGCGCUUCAUCGGGAUGUAGACAGAGAAGAUGUGGCCUUUGAUACUGAUGGUUAGGCCACGUUUAUCUAUUUCCUUGGUCUGCAGAUAUCAUAACAUUGAGCAAGAGUGCAACAUGAACUGAAGGCAUAAAGCUCCACUUUUGUAUUGUUAUAAGUACAAGCUGUGUAAGUAUAGGCUGUUGGUCUGAUUCAUUCACAUAAGGGUGUAUCACGCUCUUACUGAUAAGUGUGGUGGGUUCUCUAAAAUGCUUGAUAUGUGGCUGUCCAUACAUGGAACAUCCCUUUCAACAGACUACAAUCCCUGCCAGUAGCUAAAU